UUGAUCAGUUUGGAACACUCUAUCUGAUAGUAAUGCAUGAGAAAAAAGAGAAAGAGAAGAAAUUAAAAAGAAAAACAAAAAUAGAUUUUCCAAUAUUCCAAGGUGGGUAGCAAUCCCCAACAACCUGCAGCAAGCUACGAGGUUCUAGAAAGAUCCACUCCGAAAUGGACGGUGCGCCACAAUCCGCCGGUGCCGGAGGUCCGGCGCCGUUCCUUCUGAAGACCUACGACAUGGUGGACGAUGCCUCCACCAACGACAUCGUUUCGUGGAGCUCUACCAACAACAGCUUCGUCGUGUGGAACCCUCCCGAGUUCGCUCGCCUCCUUCUCCCGACCUAUUUCAAGCACAGCAACUUCUCCAGCUUCAUCCGUCAGCUCAAUACCUACGGAUUUCGAAAAAUACAUCCAGAGCGAUGGGAAUUUGCUAAUGAUGAGUUUCUGAAAGAUCAGAAGCAUCUUCUUAAGAAUAUAUAUCGCAGGAAACCUAUCCACAGUCAUAGUCAUCCUCCAGGUUCACUUGUAGAUCCAGAAAGGGCAGCAUUUGAGGAAGAAAUAGACAAACUUUCCCGUGAGAAAACUUCUCUUGAAUCCAAUAUUUAUAACUUCAAACAACAUCAGUCAACAGCAAAGCCUAAGCUAGAAGAUUUUCUGCAGCGAUUAGAUGGUAUUGAGCAGAGGCAGAAACAAUUGCUGAACUUCUUUGAGAAGGCUCUUCAGAAUCCUACUUUUGUUGAACAUCUUUCACGCAAAAUCGAGUCCAUGGAUUUAUCUGCAUAUAAGAAAAGGCGAUUGCCUCAGGUUGAUCAUGUGCAACCAGUUGCCGAAAGUAGCUUGGUGGACAGUCAUAGCAAUUUUAGAAUGGAAUUUGGAAAUGUUUUCCAUCAAGAUUUCUCGAAUAAACUUAGACUGGAGUUGUCACCAGCUGUUUCUGAUAUGAACUUGGUAUCACGUAGCACACAGAGUUCAAAUGAAGAUGGGGAAAGCCCACAGAAAAAGCUGUCUGAAGUAGAACCAAAAGGAGUGCAGACAAGAACAGCUCUUACAUUUGCACCUGAAACAUUAGAGCUUGCAGAUACUGGGGCUUCUUUUACUUUUAAGAUGGAUUCAUGUUUAUCGCGAAAAACAACAACUGCUGAGAGCUCAAAACUGAUCUCUUUGGAGCCAAGUAGUGAAGAAGGUGAUAGUUUAUCCUGCCAACUAAACUUAACUCUGGCAUCUUGUCCAUUGCAAGUCAACAGAAAUUCAUACUCAGCCAGAUCACCCCAAAUUGACUGUCAAGAAAUUGGAAAAUUGGCGGAAUCAAGAUUUUUUGCCAAUGGUAAAGAAUCUGAUAGUGGUGUUUCCUCAAACCUAAAUGUAGCUGCUGAGGCUACCAAUUUAGCUUCAUCACAGGAGGAUCCAAGUAACAACCAAGUUAACCCAGCUCCUCCAGACAGGGUGAAUGAUGUUUUCUGGGAACAGUUUCUUACCGAAAGGCCAGGCUGUUCUGACAAUGAAGAGGCAAUGUCCAACUACCGAGCAAACCCGCAUGAUGAACAAGACGAAGGGCGGUCAGCUCAUGGAAUCUCUAGAAACAUUAAGAACAUGGAUCAACUCACACUUUGAGUUGGGCAUGCUGUCUUAGAGAACAGUUAAACUAUUUUUAUAUGAAUUUUUCAUGACUAAUAUACAAUAUGAUCUGAAACUUCACAGUUGACAGUUGGCACCAAAUUGUGUCGCAAGGGCCUGAAACUAUUCUGGCUUACUACCUAAUUUAUCUUGGGAAAAAUCCGAAAUCCUUACCAGCUUUGGGGGACUGAUGGAUACAAUGUUAAUUAACUGGUUGACAGUGUUGUAAAUAUUCAAGUUCUGUUUGGCUUUCAAACGUAUUACUAUAAACUUAAAAAGUCUUGAUUAUGGAGUUUUUCUUCA